AUGUCGAAACCAUCAAUACCCGCCUGGCAACGAACAGCCACCACCGAUCCGCCUUCGUCAUCUGCAGACAAGGAGCUGAAGCCGGAGAACGCAGCGGAAGAUAGCACAAAACCAGUUGCAGAAGAGCCUGCGCGGUCAGAAGAGCCUGCGCGGUCAGAAGCAGCAACGAACGAUACAAAGAGCGCAGAUCUACUCGAUCAAGCGAGUCGUUUUCUUGAGGACCCAAACAUUCGCAAUGCGCCACGCGAGAAGAAGGCAGUCUUCCUGGGGGCGAAAGGCGUGUCUUCAGAAGACAUUGAGACAUUGCUAGGGAAAGCAGUCCAACAGAAUGCAUCCCCUGAUCUAGAAGAAGCUGGAGCUCGAGCCUGGUCGACAACAUCUCCCCAACUAGUACAAGCAUCUCCUGCACCGCCACCCCAACCUCGAGAACUACCGCCUAUUGUCACAUACCCAGAGUUCUUGGCGCAGACAGAAAAGCCACCACCGUUGAUAACUACCAGUCGCCUAGUAAACACAGCCUACGUUGCAGGCGGACUAAUGGCAACAAUGUAUGGAUUAUCCAAGUACAUCAUUGCGCCCAUGGCAGAGAAUCUAAUCGAAGCACGUCACGACUUUGCGGCGCAUACGCAAGAGCAACUGGCAGAGCUGAACAAGAAGCUUAGUGAAUCUGUCUCGGUAGAUCCAGCCAGCAAGGUCAAGAAAACUACCUCGGAGGUCGGUGACGAUGUGUCAGAAGCCGACUCAGAUCCUACUGAACUAUAUCAUCGCGACUACGGGACACAAACCACGCCCAAUCUUUCAAGACGACCCUCGCUUGUCGACACAGACGCCUAUCCUACAGUAACAGCACACGAGAAACGGCUGAAGAUCAUCUCUUCACAUCUGAACGAAAUCGUUGCGAACCGAACAAACGGCCGCGUCUCCCACGACUCCCUGCAGACCAAGGUGUCAGAUCUGACAACCUACCUCAACGACAUGAGCUAUCAGGGCCAAUACUACAACAGCAUGGGUGGACUGUACGGGAGCAGCUAUGGUCUGCCCUCGGGCAAGGAUGGGAAGAAAGACCAGAUUGAGAUCUUGAAGCAGGAUAUCAGAGCCGUCAAGGGUGUGUUCCUUAGCGCAAGGAACUUCCCUACAGGUGGAGCAAGACUACCUGGAACUCGGACACCUCCCUCGGCGAUGCCGGGCACAGGGAGACGUACACCACCAAGGGUUGCAUAG